ACCAGUGCAUGAUUCCUUUCAGGUUCUCAAACAGCGGCAAAGUCCUGUCUGAGUUACUCUUAAGCAUCAGUGUGAAAUGUAGCUGUAACCUCAUUUAGGGUUGUUCUGUCUGGAGAAUAGCAUCCCACCGGUUUUUGUGCUGGCUGAGGUAUUCUCUGUGCCUGACAGUUUCUAGCCCUGCUGGGGGAAAAUGGUACGUGAUGGAACGUGUGCUUUUAUGAGCUCUUUUUUAGAUGGAGAAAAAGGAAAUUACAUCAAUCUCUUUUUAAAAACUAUCAAGUCAAGAAUCCGGAGGGCCUGGGAUUUGUGCAUGUUUGACAUACUGUGCACAAUACAAGAACAAAUGCUGUUUUUCUCUGGAGGAUACCUCUCCUGGAGGAGGGGAGUGAAAAAUAGCGUGGUGCUGCAUGACCAUGUUCCAUUUGCUGUGCAAAUUGAAAGGUUUGCAGUCAGUGAGGCUGGGGAUUACAGAAGAAAAAGAACUGAUAUUAAGAUUCUCAAGCUGAAUUUCAUCCCUGCCAUAAAUUCUCUUUGUAAGCAAUGAUGAUUUUCAGUUUUAUGUGCCUGUUGUUUUCUGAGUCGGUGUUUAUUUCUUUUUUGAACUGUAGGGAUGUAAUCUGGUAGUGGGCUGUUUGAGCUGCGUGUAAAGGCUGUCGUUCUGGGCAGACAAGGAGACCUUCCCUGCUGGGUGAUUGCUUUUCACGGAAAUGUGUCUGCUGUAGAAAUGUGUGGUGAUGAAAAAUAGAGACUGCUGCUGGGGCUGAUGUGUCAGACAGCCUUGAUUAAGGGUAUUGAGAACCUGCCUUUUGAACUGCAGAGAAACUUCCAGCUCAUGCGAGAUCUGGACCAGAGAACAGAAGACCUCAAGUCGGAGAUCGAUAAGCUGGCCACGGAGUAUAUCAGCAAUGCACGGACUUUGUCGUCAGAGGAAAAACUGGGGCUUCUGAAGCAAAUCCAGGAGGCCUAUGGGAAAUGCAAAGAAUUUGGGGAUGACAAGGUUCAGCUGGCUAUGCAGACCUAUGAGAUGGUCGAUAAGCACAUCCGGCGGCUGGACACAGAUCUUGCUCGCUUUGAAGCAGACCUGAAGGAGAAGCAGAUAGAAUCGAGUGACUAUGACAGUUCUUCCAGCAAGGGCAAGAAGAAGGGCCGAGCCCAAAAAGAGAAGAAAGCUGCACGUGCACGCUCUAAAGGGAAGAAUUCUGAUGAGGAGGCACCAAAGACUGCCCAAAAGAAAUUAAAGCUUGUCCGCACUAGCACAGAAUAUGGAAUGCCUUCAGUCACAUUUGGAAAUGUGCAUCCUUCAGAUGUAUUGGAUAUGCCUGUGGACCCCAAUGAGCCUACUUACUGCCUCUGCCACCAGGUCUCCUAUGGGGAGAUGAUUGGCUGCGACAACCCAGAUUGCUCCAUCGAAUGGUUUCAUUUUGCCUGUGUGGGUCUGACAACAAAACCAAGGGGAAAAUGGUUCUGCCCUCGCUGUUCCCAGGAGAGGAAGAAGAAGUAAAAUCCCAUGAGCCUCAAAUACUGCUGCAGGAGCUCUCUUCCCCCUGCCAGGGCCUCGUCCCAGCUCCCCCAGCCCUUGGGACCUUGGCUAGGGGGAGUCUUGCCCUGUUUGUGGUUUGGGCCAUCCCUGGAAUGGUGUGUACCCUCUUGGCAGUUCCAGUGUGUUCUGUAUCCCUGGCUGCUUCGGAAUCCCUAAGGGAGGCCCUCUCUGUGUACUAUUCCAAACAGGUCUCUGAACCUCAAAGGGAGUGAAUGAGGGCACCAGGGUAGCCACCAGAUUCCCAGGGAUUCAGGUAGCCCCUGAUUUUCCUUGGCUUUCCUUCAGCCUCCUCAGAGUUCAUUGCCUACUCUCUGCUGAGAGAACAAGGCUAUGGGAUGGGGGAAGGAAAGGAGGUAAGUCUUCAGCAUUUUAGGUCUUCUAUUUUCCUGGAUCUUUUUCAGGAGAGAGGGAGUAACCAAGCCGCUACUUAAUCUAGUACCUUGGUUGAGAGACUGAAAACUUAAUGUACUCCCUAUCUUUAAUCAUUCCACUACUUUGUCUGGCAUUGAGCAGCCUCUUUUGUUGGGGCAAGGAGGAAGAAGGAGUGUUUAGAGCUAGCUUUAUCUCUCACUCCUGGGGUAAACCUGCUCUCCUGGGAAGCACAUUGUAUGAAGGAAGAAGAAUUUCUGGCCAUGUGGUGAGAAACGGUUUGAUCUAGCCUGUCUUCUGGCACCAGAAUUCUCCCUCCCUUUAGUACAGUGGAGCUUCUCCAUUAUGUUGAUGAUGGAAAGUUUGGGGAUCCAAAUCCCACUUGUAUACUAUAGUAUUAAAUAAAAUUCAUUCAAACAAA